AGCUGUUGCUUAGGAAAGGCCAACACACAAGGGACCAGAGGAGAGGUGGCCGUCCACACCGUACCCAAAGCCAAGCAAUCCGCUCAGAAGAGGAGUCCAAUCGGUUAGAAACCCCAACGUCCACUUUAGCAUCUAAGGAAAAUGCCCAAAAGCAUUUCAAUAUCCAAGCAACUGGCUUCCAUUAAAGCUUUAAAGAAGGGUUCAGAUCUGGAAAAAGCCAUUGCUACCGCCGCUUUGAUUUUCCGAAACUCUUCUGACCCUGACGGCAAACUUGGAAAAGCUACUGCCAAAAAUCUGCUGCAAACUCAAUUUAGGAAUUUCACAGAGGGACAGGAAACCAAGUCAAACUACCAAGACAUCCUUUCUGAGCUGGAGGAGCACACAGAAAAUAAGCUUGAUUUCGAGGACUUCAUGAUCUUGCUCCUGAGCGUCACCGUCAUGUCAGAUCUACUACAAGAUAUUUGGAGUGCAAAAAAAUGACAAGUGACAGUUUCAAAUAUGAGGGUAGAUAAAAUAACGUCUGAGCACGGUGUCCAAUGAUCAAAGAUUUUUUUCUCCUUCUUUUUGUAAUUGGGUGAUUAUACUGAUCCUGAAUCUCAGAUGGUUCUGAUUAUUGAUAUUCAGACUGGUAUAACUCGUCAGAAAUGUUUGGAUCAUCCUUUACUCAUGUGCCGUGGUUUACAACAUGAUACAUGAAUAUCCAACUGCUUUUGCUAAGUCCACAGUGACAUAGAGCAUUUUCCUCAUA